AUGAUAUGUAUUCAUGUUCAGAUUCUUCUAAUAAUUCUGCUUUGGAAUUGUGAUUGUCAGAUUAUUCCCAGGAUUGAAGAAUGUGGACUUACAUGUUCUCAGGGAAUUCAUUGUAAAAGCAAACCUUCCAGUGACAUUUUUAACAGCUUCUGCCAUGAUGCUCCUGCAUCUUUAUCUUCUAUGGUACUGAAAGGCAUGAAGAUCUCAACAGUGAUGAUGUGUGUCCAAGGAAGCCCAUGCUCCCUUCAUUUAAACAUUAAAGGCACUGUGAGUCUCGAUGAAAAUAUCCGUGGGCUGGAAAUAUGUUCUCUUUCACUGGACACACAGCAAUCUCAGUGCACGAAUGUGAGAUUUGCUAGGAAAAAAAGCAAGAUGCUUACUGGAAAAAAGGUACAGGUACAAUUCAAUUGCAUUGAAGUCAAUGUAGCACAACACAUCUAUGUGACCAUGAAAACAGUACCAAAUUACUGUGAAGUCAAGCUGAGUCAGGAAUACUAUGUUGAAGAUUGCAGAAACAGUGAUGUGGGAAAAUAUAUUCCUGUUUGUUCAGCUGGAAAGUUUGAUUAUACUGUAGACAGGGCAAGGAAAAUUAUAUCAGUGAAUGUAUCCAGCUUUCGCCAUGAUCAAGAUUAUUACGUUCGCCUGUGUCACAAAUGGUUUACCUGUGAAGAUGUAGGGGCAUUUGCUGUGAUAAAAGGGAAGAAAUCUUUAAAAUCAGUUUCUCUGAAAUAUUCUCAGCUACUCCCUUGUCUUUGCAUUGAGAGUUGGCUGGCAAUUCCAGACGCACGGAGGAUACAACUUUGUCCCUUUGAAAAUGAUACGAAGGCGCUAUGGGAUAACCUUGUUUACAACUCAGUGACACAAACUCUAGCUUGGGAGCCAGCCUGUCCUGUGCUUGUCACAGUUAACCUAUGCAGGUUAAUGACGUCUAAUGACCACUGUGAAGAUAUACAAAACUCCUCCAAAAAUUCUCCUGAGAAAGUUAAAUAUUCUCGUGUGGACACUCACCCAAGACUUUGCAUGAAGUUUACAACCAAGCAAGGCUCUUGGGUUAAGUGUCCAUUUGCUCAUGGAGACUUUCCAGCUUGGAAAAUGAGAACUGCUGCAGUUGCAGAACGAAUGCAAGUUUCCUUCACAUCCCAAACCAAGGCACGGUUCUCAGUGCUUGUGUGUAACAGGACGCAGCUGGCCUUGUGUGAAUCUGUUGGGAUGCACUAUUCAGUCUCUGCGGGCUGGAGGACAGAUGUAGAUUAUUCAGUUCCACUGCAGAUCUGUGAUAUCCACUGUGGUUUUCGUGGUCAGAUAUACAGUGAUGGAAACCCAGCAAAGGCCAUGACACACAGAAUGAAGAGUGUGCAUUCCUUGCAUUGA